UUCCUAGCACUAGAUUAAACGUGCUCUGGAUCUCUGCUGUUGAUUAUGUUUGUCUGGCUGAUUCUUACUUUCACUUUGUAAACUAAUAUCCCGGAAGCCAAGGAGAAGUGGAUCUAGGCGGAAUGUAACAAGGUUUGUGCGGCUCUUAGGGAAGUGGUCUUCAGGAAUAGAGGAAGUAUGAGUACAGCAGCGAGCCUGAGUCUCAUGAAGUCUGGAGAUCUGAUCAAGAAAGAGCCUCUGGAUUAUGGAGGGUUUGGGGAAGUGUACCUGUGUUACCACAAAACCCUGGGCCAGGUGGUGCUGAAGACGGUCUACACCGGACCCCCGCGCAACGGGCGUCAGAAGCAGUCUCUGCUGGACGAAGGCAGUCUGAUGAGCAGGUUAAGUCAUCAGAGAGUGGUCAAGCUGCUGGGGGUUAUUCUGGAGGACGGAGACUAUUCUUUAGUCAUGGAGCUCAUUCCUAAAGGAAACCUGCUCACCAUGCUGGAGACGGUGCCUGUCCCAAUAUCUGUGAAAGGAAGGAUCAUUCUGGAGAUCUUGGAGGGAAUGGUUUAUCUCACGGGGAACCAAGUCAUCCACAAAGAUCUCAAACCAGAGAACAUCCUGGUGGACAAGGAUUUCCACAUCAAAAUCGCAGAUCUGGGUCUGGCCACGUCUCAGGUGUGGAGCAGGCUGACGAAAGAGGAGUCUCGCAGACAGAGUCGUCUGGGCAAGAAGUCGUGUGCGCGCGCCGCAGGGACGCUGUGCUACAUGGCUCCUGAGCACCUGAAGAGCAUCAACACACGCUCCAGCGAGAAAUCUGACAUCUACAGCUUCGCCAUCGUGGUGUGGGUCAUCCUGACCGGCCGCGAGCCCUACGAGAAUGCCAGGAGUGAAGAUCAGAUCUGUCACUGUGUGUGUCAGGGCGAGCGUCCCGACGAAGCGCUGAUCCCUCGAGAGACUCCUCAAGACAUCACAGAGCUCAUGAAGACGUGCUGGAAGGAAGACCCUCGUGACCGGCCCACGUUUAAAGAUAGCCAUGAAAAAUUUGUGAGUUUUUACCAGGAGAAGCUAGAAGCAAAUGUAAAAGCAGAUUUGGAAAGUCUGAUGAGAUCGUAUGAGGGCCCAGAGGAGAUGGUAGAAAAGCUGAAGUCCCUCACAACAGACUCACUCGCUCCUGAAGACCCUUCGCUGUGUUCCAGAGACUCUCCAGGGCCCUUGAGGAGCUCAGACAUCGGUCCGGUGGAGGCCAGCAUUGAAGACCUCAGCUUCAGGACCCCUGAAGAGUCUCUGCUGGAGAUGGACGCCGCGCCUCCCAGUUCUCCCAAUCUAGAGCUCAAACUGGCACAAGAGUACAACUACCACAAGUACGGCAGUCGUAUAGUGGAUCAGCCGGACGCCAGCGUUUAUAACCCGCUCCCGCAGCAGCCGGCCAGCAGCAGGUGGACCGGAGAGGCUUCUUCUGUCAAGUCUUGGACUAAACCCUCCACUCAUCCAAACCCAGAGGAAGAGCUCUAUCCCAGACCUGCGGGCUCUUUUGAGGGUUUGCACAGGCCAGAAUUAGCGAGUCAGCUCUCCGUGCCGUAUUCUGAGCGACUCCCUCAUCAUCCGCUGUACAAUCGAAUCAAGUCCUGUCCAGAUGGUGCAUCUCCUGCAGCCGAGUCUUUCAUGCUGGAUUCUCAGCCUGGCCUGCGUUUCUCGCCCGUCGUGUGUCCUCCAUCUGACUCAGGGUGGCCUGUGGCCAUCUCAAACGCCAGUGCGAUUCAAAUCGGGAGUUACAACACCAUGAAUUUGCGAGUCUCUGAUAACAGCCCCUUCAGCUCGUUGUCCACUGGAUCCAUCAGCAGAAGCAGAUAUAAUGAGAUUCUACUGAAGUACGAGGAGUAUACGGUCACUGAGAGCCACCUGGAGGUCGUGCGUCAGAACGUGGGGGGAAACUGGAAGCAGGUGGCUCGUAAACUGGGGCUGACAGAUAUAGACGUGGACACCAUCGAGCACGACUACGACCGAGACGGCUUGGCAGAGAAGGUGCACCAGACGCUGGAGCGCUGGAAGAUGAAGGAGGGCCUGCUGGGCAUCACCGUGGGUAAACUGUGCCGUGCGCUGGAGGGCUGCAUCAAGCCCAACGUCCUCCUGCAGCUGCUGCUGAAGUCUCAAGACGCCGCUGGAGGGCCUUGAAGCACCACCUUGUGCUUGUGUCAUAAUCCCAUCAGUAUCUUCUUCACUGGAGGGAAUCAGAUUGGGUAAAGGGGCAUUUAUACAACUCUAACAACCUUCAUCAAACAGGGAAACAUUACAAAGACAUACAGUAUUUCUGACUGUGUUCGUGGUGUUGGAUUCUGCGUCAUAAUGAUUACAAUUUUGUGAACUAUUCAUAGCACAAAAGUUAUCUUUUAUCGUAGUUUAUCGUAGAUUCUUAAAAAAGUGCCUUUUUCCUGAACCAGAUCAGUUGAAUCAGUCUUUAUAUUUCUUGUGAAUGUAAGAUGCUUAAUGGUUUUUUUAUGUUUAGAGAUUUCUUUCAGAUUAAAUACUGGUAUAUAGAUCCGUGACAGGAGUUUGCAUGUUCUCUAUAUGAGUAUGUCUCAGUGCUGGGUUGCAUCAGGAAAGGCAUCUGCCGUAAAUCCUGUGCCACAUCCGUGCGUGGAUAACUCUGCUGUGAAUCUAUGAUGAUGAGAAAGAUAUGAUAAUAACAAAUCAAGAGAAAAAACAACAAAGUAUAUGGUGUUGGGCCAUCAUGUGCCACCAAAACAGCUUCAAUGCACUUAGGCAUUGACUCUCAUUUCUUAAAAUUAAAGGUUCUUUAUUGGUAACGAUGGAUGGAUUUCAUGCAAUCUUUCCAUUGCACAAAAAGUGCUGUAUACUGAACAUAAGGUUCUUCAGAUGAUUA